AUGAGACCCGACGCUCCGGUCCAAGGGCAUGUUCAGGCUGCAGUGCAAGCGGAGCCAGAGGCUCUUGUGAUAGACAUGUCAGCACAGACUCAGCCUUGUCAAUUAGCUAUGCAACCACAGCUGCCAUCACCUUCUUUCACCACUCCUCCUGGCACCACUCCGCUCACCACCUCUCUCACCACUCCACCAGUCGCGAUGGGUAUUUUUCCAAGCGGCUCCUCCUGCGCAGCGGCCCCCGUUAGCGUGCAUCGUCCCGUCGCCUCUCUCCCUCCCGUCCCCAACCACUUCCCGAACCUCGUCCCGAACCACGAGCAACAUGCAGGCAGCACUGCUGCGCACCUGCACCAGUUCCACCUCCCCCAGGUGCUACCUGCUCAGGCAGCUGAGGAUCCUCAGGCAGCUCAUAUCCAUGGCAGCAUGAGUCACACUCAAGAUUUCGUGGGUAUGGCUGGCAAUGCUAUGUGUGCCUCUGGUGUCGCUCUGAGCCCAGUGCUCCAAACCACUGCUGCCGAAGGUGGUGGUGAUGGUGCUGCUGCUGCUGCUGCUGCUGGUACUGCUGCUACGCAGACACCCGUGCGUAAGGGUCGAAUUUACGCGACUCGCGGCGCGGAAGGCGGGAGCGGCGACCGCGAACGACCGGUGGACGAGACGGCUAGCGCUACAGCCGCGGACAAAGCUUCCGAGAAAGGCCCGCGUGUGAAUGGCGAGAACGACUCUAACGGGGCUGCUGCUAAUAACGAGGCUGGUUCAACCGGGGACGCGGCGCGGCGGAUCUGGGACGUGAGCGGGCGCGAUCUGGUGCAGGUGGCGCUGGAGGCGAGCGGCGCGACGGACGGGCCGCGAUUCCUGGCGCCGUGCGGCGUGCGACGCGAGCUACCGCUGCUCGUGUACCUGCCCGGGCUGGACGGCACGGGCGUUUUUCUGGAGCGGCAUCUGGAGGGCUUAAAGCCAUGCUACGAUGUGCGCUGCCUCUGCAUCCCCGCCGCUGACACCUCCUCCUAUAACCAGCUCGCGCAGCUGUGA